AUGAUCUCCGUAGGGUUCGUCGUUGCCCUCGCAGGGCUGGCAUGCGCCGCCGAAUUCGGUUCUCCCUUCGAAGCCGCUCCCAACUUUGCUCUAAACGGCGUUGGCCUUACCAAUGGAUUCAACGGCCUCGUCGCUCGCGAGGACCAGUGUCUUGCUACGGAGGAUACCUGCGGAACGGCAUUCUGCAUGCCCAAGGGAGGAUCUUGCUGCGAUACCAUCAAGGGAACAUACUGCAGAUCCGGCUUCUACUGUUACCCCCAGGGCUGCUGUCCCACCGGCAAGAUUUGCACUGGCGGUCCCAAGGGCGGAUGUGAGACUGGAAAGCAAGAGUGUGGAAGUGUUUGUAUCACCGGUUCCAGCGUGUGCUGCAACCCCAAGGCCACCACCAACAAUGCAUGGUGUGAUUAUCCCAAGACCUGUGGAACCGACGGAAUCUGCGUUAGCAGAACUAUGACGACGAGCGCCACGUCUGCGCCGUCUUCAACCUCGUCAUCUGGUGCGACUGCUGAUGCCACUGAGACUGGUGGCUCUGCUACCACAUCUGGCGGAAGCUCUGCCAAAUCGACUGGUGACAAUAGCGAUAGCGACAACAACAACGGUAACAACAACAACAAGGACGAGAAGAAGACUCCUGUGGGCGCCAUUGUCGGCGGUGUUGUUGGCGGUGUCGCUGCCAUUGCCUUGAUCGCCCUCGGCAUCUUCUUCCUCCUCCGACACAAGAAGAAGCAGAAGGAUGCUACUCAGGGCCAGAAUGUUCAGCAGUUUCCUCCUACUCAGCCUCCCAUGCAGCAGUAUCCUCCUCAGGCCUCGCCAUACGUGUCCAAUGUCUCCCCAGCCCAAGGAAUGGGUUACCCUCCUCCUCAGGGCUCUCCUCCACCACAGGGUUAUUACAACUCUCCUCCUCCUGUCAGCUCUUACUCUCCUUCGUUGGCCACCGAGAAAGUCAGCUCGCCAACUGGCACAUAUUCGACUGAUCCUCGAACAACCGUCCCUAGCGUCAGCCCUGCUGGGUUCGGCGGUGUUGGCGCCACGCCUCCCCCUCCUGCUCCUCAUGCCGGGCAAGGAUACCCUACUGGUGGGCAGCCUGUUGUUCACGAAAUGUCUGCUAGACAGGGCGAUGACCACCGCGGUAACAUUCACGAGCUUGCGUAA